AUGAUAAACAUUUGGCUUUGCCUCUUUUUGAGUGCACUUUUUUGCUUCCAGUAAGUGACUUUUAUUGGAAAAGUUUGAUUUUUUUGGCCAUUCUUUUAAAUAACAUGCCUCAAGAUAUCCUAGGCUUUAUAUGUGCCUCGGGACUUACAAAUCUUUGUAUGUCUACAAAAUGUGUCACGAUGACACCGGUCUAAAAUGUGCCGGUGGAAUAAACAGUAGCUUUAUAUGGCUAUGAGUACUCUCUUUCUCGCUGCAAAAAAAAUCGUAAAAAUUCAGAAAAUCCGUCAUCCAAAAAUUUUAAAAGCUUUGAAUUUUUUUAUAACUACUCUACGAAGUAGUUCUAGCCAUAUACAGCCAUUUUUUAUACCGCUGAAACAUUUUUAAGUGGUGUCAUCAUGACACAUUUUCUGGACACACAAAGAUUUAUUAGUUCCGAGCCAUACAUAGCUCAAAAAUCCAUUCAAAAAAAUAUUUCAGAGCAGAAGCACACGCCUCAUAUGACAAAGUUCAACGGACCAGACAGAUUGCCACAGAAAGUCAGAUUGUGAAUCGACUGUUCAGCGGCGACUAUCAAGCAUCAGCGAGACCGCCGGCUCGAGGUAAUUAAGAGUUUUUAAAAUACGAUAAACGACAUAAAGGCGGUAUACCGCCUUUAUGUCGUCCGCGGUAUGAAUGCAAAUCGGUGUACGAAAAGAACUUGAUUUUUCCGCGACACAAUUCAUUUUGAUGCGAUUUCCGAUGCGACAGAGUGCUCAUUAUUUUCCCGACAGACUGAUAGUGCUGUCUGGCAUCCUGUAACUGGGUUUCCGCUCAGAUUUUGAUGAAACUUGGCACAAGUUUAGAAUAAUUUUUUUUUUUUUUUUUAUAUAUGCGAGAAUCAUAACUCGCGCUUUGCAGAAACAACCGAGAUUUUUAGAUCGAAAGUCGGCGAAAAUGUAGGACUUUUUGCCGAAUUUCGGUACGAAAAUUUUCAUGCCUAUUUCGACCGUAAAGGAUAAUGUUUCUACAAAAAAUCAAAUUUUUUCGCACGAAACUGCCAAAGUUAUGCCAAAAAGUGCUUUUCUCUCUGACCGCUCUCCACGUUUAGCGUGCUCUCUCGGCGGCAAAAAUCGUUCGAUAUCUCGGCGGCGCCCGCAAAGCGCGGGCUAAAACUUUCAGGAAUUGAUAUAUAGUCCAUACACGACGUGUGUGCAAAAUUUUGAGAAAAUCUGAGCGUCGCACUUGGAGUAGUGGAAAGAGCUUCAAAUCGUUUGCGAUUGACAGGCUUGUUGCAUCGAAGUUCGUUUUUCAGAGGUUUACAGCGGUUUCUAUAGUUGCCCUACCUCAUUUUUUUCUAGUUUCUCCCUAAAGGUGUAUUUAUACCGUGAAGGGUACUAGUCCAUUACUAGUACGAGCAAUAACAGCUCUCAAAACAAUAAUUAUGAUUUUCAGAAUCAGUGGAUCACGCCACAAUUGUGGUCAUCACCUCCAUUCACAUCAACCGCGUCUCGUGGAAGACCUACACAGCGGUAUGUUUUAAAUUUAUCAUUAUUUAUUUCUCUCCUUUCAGGAAGUCGAUCUCUAUCUGCGCCAACAAUGGGAGGACAAUCGGCUAAAAUACGACGUGGAUGUGCGCGAGCAGAUCGAAGAGAUUGUGAUUCCGGCCGACAAGAAGGUGUGGAUGCCGGACACCUACUUCGGAACGGCCAAAGAGCUGACUACCGCGGGCAGUGACAAAUACAGAGUUGUUGUCGAGCCUAGUGGAUAUGUCCGAUCCAGCGAGCAGUAGGUUAAAGCGGGUUUUUAAAAUACGCCAAAAUAAAUGAUUCUGGAAUUUUUUUUCCUUUGUUACUGUAAAAGAAAAUCAAAAAAAAUAUAUAUUUUUUUUUUUAAAUUUGAUGAAAUUUUUUCAGAAAAGUCAUCGAAGUCGUGGUGGAGAACAGCAUCGCCUAUCCAUUCCACAACACCAAGUCUUUCCGGAUCCGGCUGGCUUCUUGUAAGUUCAGAAAAUUUGAGAAAGUUGAGAACAUACUUUACCCCAAAAAUCAUUUUUAGGAUACUGCAUUAGAAAAAAAUUCAUUCACCUUUACUAUUCGUUGUCUCCGUCCACGCACUAUCGGUUGACAAAAAGAUUUUAUAAUAGAUAGCAAAAUUCUUUCAGACGAAUUUUUGGAAUGCUAAAUUGGUCCUAAAGAAUCAAGAGAAAUUUAGAAUUUUGUGCCCAGAAAGCAAGGUUUUGUCCAGGCAGCCAAAAAAAAACAGUGAAAAAUUUUCUUCAAAUACGUCGCACAUUUUCCUCGAAGAAUUGUAUAGCUCACUCUUUACAACAGGAACUGUUAUAUGAACAGUUUUAUACAUGAUUAUAUAGAUAAGAUAUGGACGGCCGGUUAUAGCCAGAGAUUGCCACGGCUCCGGAGCCGGCUUUUGGCUCCGGCUCUGAGCGGCUCCGGCUCCGAGCCGGAGGCCAGAGCCGGAGCCGGAAAUUUUGGGGUCGGCUCCGGCUCCCGAGCCCAAAGUCGGAGCCAGGCUUCCCAGCGGUCAGAAAAGUAAAAAUUUCGUGAUCUUGUUAAACCAAAUUGCUUGAAAAACACUGCGGAGGAUGUGACUUGACUGCAAAAACGUUGGCUGUAUGAUCUAUGGCACUAAUAACUUUUAUUUUUGGAAAAAUAUUUUUAAAAAAACAUUUUGCAUAGGAGCCGGGAUUCGGAGCCGGAGGCCUUUUUAAAUUUUGCACGGAGCCAAGAGCCGGAGCCGGAGCUGCAAAUUUGGCCUCGGCUCCGGCUCUGGGGGCUAAGAGCCGGAGCCGACAUUUUGACCGUGGCAAUUAAUAAUUAUAGCAUUGUUUUUCAGAGGCGUAGUUGACCCAAAAUUCAAAAUUUUACCUUGCUUCCCCUUUUCCAUCUUUUCUUCGACUUGCCGGAUACCCGUCAUGUGUCCCCCCUAGCCCUGUCUUGCCAUGCUUGCUAUUCGCUUAAUUCUGCCUAGAAAUAGAUGGCGACUCUAAAUUUCAUGCUGGCGAAAAAAUUCUACGAUCUUUAUUACUCUAGGAGUAAUUCUAGUCACGACAAACCGGCUCAAAAAUUUUUUGGGUAAGAUUAAAGAUUUCACUAACAGGGGAAGUACUCCAAGUGCGACGCUCAGAUUUCCUUUAAAUUUUGCACACACGUCGGGUAUAGACUAAAUAUCAAUUCCUGAAGGUUUUAGCUCGCGCGUUGCGGGCGUCGCCGAGAUAUCGAACGAUUUUUGCAGCCGAGAGAGCACGCUAAACGUGGAGAGCGGUCAGAGAGAAAACACCUUUUUGGCCAUAACUUUGACAGUUUCGUGCGGAAAAAUUUGAUUUUUUGUAGAAACAUUAUCCUUUACGGUAGAAAUAGGCAUAAAACUUUUCGAGUCAAAAUUCGGCAAGAAGUCCUAAAUUUUGGCCGACUUUUGAUUUAAAAUCUCGGUUGUUUCUGCAAAGCGCGAGCUAGAAUUCUCUGUCAUCGUCUUCUGAAGACUUGAUUUUCUAACCCCGUGUCAUUAUCCUUUCCGUAUUUUACCCCUUCUUUACCACAGGCAGUUCUCUAUUUUUUCAGACAACUACCCCAUUACCGACGUGGUGUACAUGUGGGCGAACGCUCCACCCAAGAUAGUUCCGGUUGAGGUUUCCAAGGAGCUUUUGGACGGCGAUGGAUACGUCCUGAAGGACGCGUAUGUGGGAGAGUGCGUUGGAAAUUACACGGUCGGGAUUUACUCCUGCAUCGAUGUUGUGGUGACAUUCACCGGGUCGGCGGCUGCUCCCAUUUUCCAGCUGCUGGGACCCUCGAUUUUGCUGGUAAGCAAAAAUUAGAGUCUUUAUCAUAAAAUGAGACUUGUUAUUCUAUUGUUUGGAUAGUAGGAUUCUAAAAUACGAUGUGUGAAACUCUCUGGUUUUAGGUGAUCUUCUCAUGGCUUCACUUCUGGAUCCACGGCUCAUGGUCGGUACCUCGAACAAUCAGUUCCACUGUGCCUUUCAUCCUCUUCACUGUGCUCAUUGUGAGUUGUUGCAUUGUAAAAUACGGGGCACUUACUUUUCACUCUUUUCUGAAAAAAGAAUUUGCGAUUUUUUUUGGCUAUUUUGCUAACUUUUUUCUUGUUUUUAAAACUUAAAAAUACCAUGUAAAAAAAUAAAAUUAGCUCACGAUGUAUAAAGCUUUAAAAAGCGGUUAUUUCUGAAAAAUUUUGAAUUUCUUCAAAUUUUUCGAACCUAUCCUACAUGUCAAACAAACAAACUUCUGAAAAUUUUUGUUCAUACUUUCCAAGAGGAACCAAGAUAUUCAUGAAUCUUUUCUUUUGUGAUCUUUUUUUCUUUAACGACCUCGAGAGAGUACAUGAAAUGCGGAGAGCGGUCAGAGAGAAACACUUUUUGGACAUAUCUCGGCCAGUUUUGUACGGAAAAAAUUGAUUUUUUGUGGAAACAUUAUCCUUUACGGUAGAAAUAGGUGCGAAAUUUUUCAUGUCAAAAUUCACAAAAAAAUGUGUCAAAUUUUUGCCAACUUUUGAUCUAAAAUUCUCGGUGGUUUCUGGAAAUCGCUAGGAGUCUCUGAUAUGUCUUACAAAAAAUUAUUCUAAAUUUGGGCCAAGUUUUGAUAAAAAUCUGAGCGUCGCACUUGGGGUACCUCCCAAUAAAACAAAAAAAAUUUUUUUAAAAUUUAAAAAAUUUUCAGAAAAUUAAAAAAAAAUUUAAUUCCAUUUUCACUUUCCAGAUCUUCUACCCCCAGCCCCAUCUCGGCCGCACCGGCAUCGGCGCCACUCAGGUUUGGCUGAUCUUCUGCGCAGCCAUUACGUUCGCCUCGUUGGUCGAGUAUUUCCUCGUGAUUUGCACCGGCGCCGGCUCCACGAAACGCGCCAAAUACGCGCCUCCGCAAACGCUCGAGAAGACCCCGCUCACCGAGGUGGAGAUUCAGAGCGAAAGCCGCCGCGGCAACUAUCAGGCCACCAGCAAUUUGGACAUCAUUGCCAGAAUCAUCUUCCCCAUCAUCUUCAUCAUCUUUGUCAUCAUCUUCCUCAUCUUCUAUCUCAUUUGA